AUGAGGAGAAACGUCCGUACCCUGGUGAAGUACGCGUUUGUUUCCGGUGGAGUGUUGUUGUUUCUCACGCUAAUCAUCCGGUCGUUCAGUGAAGAUGCCAAAACACCCCUGAACGGUGUGUUUGGUCCGGAGGCACUCGUGCAGAAAGUGCCGCACGCAAAGGAAGGAUCGUUUUUCAAUGAACCACCGAAGAAUGUGAAUCACAAGCGGAUCGACUGGCAUAACUACGAUCUUAUCCAUGAGGAAGCCAAACGGAGCGGAAUCGGAGAGCAAGGCAAGGCUGGUCAUUUGGACAAAAGCGAGGCCGAGCUGAAAGAUAAGCUGUUCAAGAAGAAUGGAUUCAACGCAGUGCUGAGCGAUAAAAUUUCACUGAAUCGAUCGCUACCCGACAUACGCCAUCGCGGGUGCCGCAAGAAACAAUACCUGGAUGAACUUCCGACCGUAAGUGUUGUCGUACCGUUCUACAAUGAACACUGGAGCACACUGCUACGGACCGCGUCGAGUGUGUUGCUUCGGUCACCUCCGGAACUCAUUGCCGAAAUCAUCCUUGUGGAUGACUGUAGCACGAAGGAUUUUCUCAAGAAGCAGCUAGAUGAUUACGUCUCGGAGAAUAUGCCUAAAGUGAAGAUCGUCAGAUUACCGGAACGGUCGGGGUUGAUAACUGCCCGGUUGGCUGGUGCCAAAAUUGCCACAGCCGAUGUGCUCAUCUUCCUGGAUUCGCACACAGAAGCGAACGUGAACUGGUUGCCUCCGCUGCUGGAACCGAUUGCCGUCGAUUAUCGUACCUGCGUAUGCCCGUUCAUCGACGUUAUCGAUUGGGACACGUUCGAGUAUCGGGCACAGGACGAAGGUGCCCGCGGUGCCUUCGAUUGGAAGUUUUUCUAUAAACGGCUGCCUCUGCUGCCUAAGGAUUUGCAAAAUCCCACCGAACCGUUCGAAAGUCCGGUAAUGGCGGGAGGACUGUUCGCGAUCAGUGCUAAAUUUUUCUGGGAAAUUGGAGGCUACGACGAAGGUUUGGACAUUUGGGGCGGCGAGCAGUACGAGCUAAGCUUCAAGGUGUGGCAAUGCGGUGGCAAGAUGUACGACGCACCAUGUUCGCGCGUUGGUCAUAUCUACCGUGGGUACGCACCGUUUGGUAACCCGCGCAAGAAAGACUUCCUGACGCGCAACUACAAACGUGUGGCCGAAGUGUGGAUGGACGAGUACAAGGAAUAUCUGUACAUGCGCGAUCGGAAGAAGUAUGAAAACACGGACGUGGGAGACAUCUCACGGCAGUUGGCGAUCCGUGAGAAGCUGCAGUGUAAACCAUUCAAAUGGUUCAUGACACAUGUGGCGUUCGAUCUGGUCGAAAAGUACCCACCAAUCGAGCCACCAGAUUUUGCGAACGGUGCCAUACAGAGUGUGGCCAGUCCGGGGCUUUGCGUUGAUACGCUGAAUCAUGGCGAAAAGCAAACGAUAGGCCUUUACUCAUGCGCUAAAGAUAAGGUACUACCACAACCUAAUCAGUAUUUCCAGCUGUCCUGGCAUCGGGAUUUGCGCAUCAAGUUCGGCGAGCUAUGCUGGGACGUGUCGGAGAGCGUACCGAAUGCAAAAAUCCUACUUUACCACUGUCAUGGUGGACAGGGUAACCAACUGUGGCGGUACGAUGCCGAGUCGCAAAUGCUCAAGCAAGGUAAAAAUAAUCGUUGCCUCGACAUGAACCUCGACAGUCGGGAAAUAUUUGUGAACCCGUGCGAUCUUGCCAAUCCGCGACAAAGGUGGCGUUGGGGUUUCGUUAACAUGACCUCGAUAGCGCAAUGGGAUUCGUACGGUGCUAAGGUGAUCGAAUGA